GAAGUCUUCUGUCCCACACCACACAGGAACAGUGAGUCGGUCUCGUCUUGCUAAGCAAACUCGCCUCGUUCUUCCCUUCUCCAAGAAGCCUUCGUUUCCUUCUCUCCUCAAAUCCAGAAAAAAACCUUUCAAAAUUUAUCUAAAAAUUUCUGUUUAUACGUCAAAUCCUUCAAAACCAAUCUGAAACCACUCCGAUUAUAAUAUACGGAGUAUAUAUCUUCACUAACUUCAUUUGUUUGUGAUUACUGGUUUUUUUUUUGGGUUCGUAUUGCUACUGCUAUUACUGAUAUUGCUUUAUUCUUUCUAACCAAUAUAAAUCGGUUAGAUUUGCAACAAACCCAGAAAAAAAAAGGCAUCUUUCAAUCCCUAUCACCAUGUCCUCAAGAAACCCCUCCUACACAAACCCAAAACCCUGCAAGCACCUCUCAGAUUACAAGCGCAAGCACGGCCUCAACGGCUACAACCUGAUCCAAAACCACAUCAAGACCAGCCCCCACGGUAAAACAACGAUCGACACGUGCGAAUCCAAGGCACCCACGUGCAGUUUCUGUUCUGGGUACCAGGGUAGACUCUACAUAUGCCUGAUCUGCUCCUCAGUGUCGUGUUUUUUGUCACCUGAUUCGAACCCAUGUGCCCUUUUCCACGCCCGAUCUCAUGUGGGUCAUGAGAUUUCUGUAGAUAUAGAAAGGGCCGAGCUUUAUUGCUUCGUGUGCUGUGAUCAGGUCUAUGAUCCUGAUUUUGAUAAAGCCGUGAUGUGUAAACACGUCAUGGGAUUGGGGAGAAAUGAGAAUGGGGUGGUGGGUUAUGGGUUGAGGUCGAGCAAGAGGAAGAGGUUGGGUUUUGUUGGGGGGAUAGUAGAUUUGGAUUCGAAGAGCGCGAAACGGUUGGUUUCGAUGAGGGAUCGGGGGUCGAAAUCGUGCUUUCCCUUGGGUUUGAGGGGAUUGAACAAUCUGGGGAACACUUGUUUUAUGAAUUCCGUGUUGCAAGCCUUGCUUCACGCACCCCCGUUGAGGAACUACUUCCUCAGUGAUAACCACAACCACGAAACUUGCCGGAGAAGGUCUCCGGACCAGCUCUGUUUGCCUUGUGACAUUGAUGUGAUCUUCUCUGCUGUGUUUUCGGGCGAACGGACCCCUUACAGUCCAGCUCAGUUUCUUUACAGUUGGUGGCAGCAUUCAGAGAACCUUGCUUGUUAUGAGCAGCAGGAUGCUCAUGAAUUCUUCAUUGCAAUGCUGGACAGGAUCCAUGAGAAAGAAGGAAAAGCAUGGAACACUAUCAGAGAAAAUGGAGAUUGUCAAUGCAUUGCUCAUAGAGUAUUUUCUGGGCUGUUGAGAUCAGAUGUCACUUGUAUGUCGUGCGGAUUUACCUCCACAACUUAUGAUCCUUGUGUGGAUAUUUCCCUUGACUUGAAUUCAAAUACUCCUUCUACUCUUGUGGGCUGUUUGGAUCUCUUUACAAGACCAGAAAAGUUGGGUUCAGACCUGAAAUUCUUUUGCCAAGAUUGUCAAGAAAGGCGAGAUUCCUUGAAGCAAAUGUCAAUAAGAAGGCUUCCGUCGGUAUUGUGUUUGCAUAUAAAACGAUUCGAACACUCUUCAAUCAGAAAAAUGUCAAGAAAAAUCGAUCGACAUUUGCAGUUUCCUUUCUCCUUAGACAUGAGCCCGUACUUAUCGUCUUCAAUUGUGAGGAAAAGGUUUGGAAACAGAAUCUUUUCUUUUGAAGGCGAUGAAACUGACAUUUCUACGGAUUUUGAGGUUUUCGCAGUGGUUACUCAUUCAGGCAUGCUGGAAUCUGGGCAUUACGUGACAUAUCUGCGUUUGAAAAACCAAUGGUACAAGUGUGAUGAUGCAUGGAUUAAUGAAGUUGAUGAGGAGGUCGUGAGAGCAUCACAGAGCUAUUUGAUAUACUAUGUGCAGAAAGUGCUUUCCCACAGAGUUAGUGAGGACCUAAGUUGUCUGCUAGUCUCCCCACGCGGCGACACAUUUGUUCCAAUUGCCGGAUGUUGCUGAACCGAAUUUCAAGAUCUUGAACUGGUAGAAUUGGCAAAAUGCGAGUUUGGCUCUCUCUAUGGAAUUUGUGACCAGAUAUCAGGAGCCAUUUCUGCAUUAAGCCAAGAAGGACCUCAAAGUACUGGUUUGUGAAGGUUGACUUUACAUCUGAUAUCAGGUCUCAGUCACAUAUGUUCCAACUGAUCGAACUGGUGAAUUUGUAGGUAAGAGGAACAUUGGCUAUGGACCGUGACAUCUGAGAUCCCUGAAAUAUAUCGAUGGCAUACACUUCUUGUACAUUGCAGGUCUUUUUAUUUAAAUGACCGGAUGAUUCAUUUGAGGAUCUCAUCAAUUACAACAGGCACAGGUUGUAGUUGUACAGUGUGAAGAGGCACAUAGAGAUCCACAAAUCACUAAGGCAGCAAAGUGAUGCCUUCGGUCACAAAGAGAGGGUGGCAGAGCAAAGGGGCAAUUGACGAGGACGAGCUUGGAUUUUGACAUGACCAUCCAGCUAUAUUGGGGUUCAUAUGUACGGCAACAAUGAUUGUGAUUCCUAGGAUGGUUGACUUGGAUAUACGAGUUUCAUUCAUUUUUAAUUUACUAUGUGGCUUUGCUGUACGGUUGUAUCUGAAUCAAUCGACAGGCAUCAAAUUUGGAAUUUUUGGAACUCUCGUAAACUUUUGGUGGACUGGUCAUGCCAAGGAUCCUUCUCGGUCCAACUCUUCAGCACCGCUCCUUGCCUUUGCUUGUGCAAUAACUAUAUAUUCUUCUGCAUUAACUCCA